ACGGACCAAUGACAGUAGGAGGGGUAUAUACAGAAAAGCGAGGAGGUCAAGGAAAGACGAAUCAGAUUUGAAAGUAGGACCAUGAAUUCAGCAGAACGGCGGUACUCACAGUUCAAGAAGGAGGUCUUAGCGAUCCUGCAUUGCCUUAAGACCUUCCCGGCAUACCUGUUUGGAAGGCGAUUUAUCCUAAAGAUGGAUCCCACCAACGUCGCCGAGGCUCUAAAGAAUUACAAGCCUAUAGAUCCGACCGUCGGCAGAUUGAUAGGCUUUAUAUGGCAAUUCGACUAUAAGGUCGAGCGAAUUGCGGGGCUUCGAAACAGGGCAGAUGGGCUGAGUAGGGUAUGUAUCAUGCCAGAGAGAGUAGAGGACGCGGAACCAAUUGACGCCUUCCUAGAGUACGAGGGGGGGACCCUUGUUGUGGAUAACGAAAUAGCAGACUCAACGCUUACAAUAGGUCAGUUGCUGAUUCAGACCUUGGAGAAGGGCGCGUCUGCAGUAGUUGCAGAACUCAGGGAAGGACCAGUCACCACGGUCAGGCGCAAGGAGGAAAAUGGCUCGUGGGGAGCAGAAGUAGGGGCCAGAGAGGAACUUAUGGCAAUGGUCGUGGAAGGGGGACGGGACGUCGUGAUGACGUUGGCCGAAACCUGGGCGCAAAACGAGUGUCAGUACCUAGUCAACCAGACCCGGGAGGAGCAAGAUACGGAUCAGAAGGAACAAAAAUUAUUCCUCAUACAGAUGUAUGAGGGCGUCUUUAGAAAAAUCGGUCUGCCACUUGUAGGGAACAAACAACCUACGGAAGUCAGCUCCAAGGCAAGGGAGGAAGCUGAGAAGUACGUGUUAAGAAAUGGUCACCUGUUUAAGAAAGAGGAAGGGAUGAUGCCUAGGCGUGUCGUUUGUGGGAGGUCUAGGCAGCUGGACGUAAUUCAGGCAAUGCAUGAUGGGCUAGCUGGAGGUCACCGGUCGUCAAUGGGGACACUUGCAAAGAUCGUGCCCCUGUAUUUCUGACCAGAAAUGGCAGGCAUGGUCGCAAUGUACUGUC